AUGGCUGAAAUCGUUGUUAGUGCUGUCAUCACGGUGCUGUGUGAGAAACUGCUCUCUGGUGACUUGAUGAAGCUGGCUCAAUCUGAAGGAAUCGAUUCUAAGCUGAAGAAAUGGAAGAAAACCCUGCCCAUAAUCCAAGCUGUCCUUAUUGAUGCAGGCCAUAAGCAGAUAAAGGAGAGAGCUGUUCAAUUGUGGCUGAAUGAUCUCCAAGAUUUAGCCUAUGACAUAGACGAUGUACUCGAUGAUUUGGCAACCGAAGUUGGGUUACGCAAGUUGAAUCAAGAAUUUCGUGAUAGCACCAACACUAAUAAGGUAUUGAAGUUCUUUGCAAAUUGUUAUACUAAUUUCGGUCCUCCCAACAUUAUGUAUGGUCGUGAGAUGAGCUCUAAGCUGGAUGAGAUUACAACCAGAUUACUUGAUCUUGUUGAGGUGAAAAUCGGUCUGGGUUUGAAUGUGAAUUCAAAUCUUGAAAGGUCAAACGAGAAACGUUUGGAGCAAACUUCAUUGGUUGAUGAGUCCAAAAUCAUAGGUAGGGAAGGCGAUAAAGAGGUAUUGAUGGGGAAAUUGUUGGAGAAUAAUGAAAAUGUACGGAUAAUAUCCAUAGUUGGUAUGGGUGGGAUCGGAAAAACCACUCUUGCCAAAGUUUUGUACAACGAGGAGAAAGUGAUAGAGCAUUUUGAACUCAUGGCAUGGGUUUGUGUUUCAGAAGAGUUCAAUGUCUUUAAUAUCUGCAAGGCUAUUUUUGAUGGUGUAGCUGGGGAGAACAAAAGCUUUUCUACUCUUAAUGACCUUCACGUGGCCCUCAAAAAAGAACUAAAUAAGAAAAGGUUUCUUGUUGUUCUAGACGAUGUCUGGAAUGAAGACCAUAGUAAGUGGGAGCUCCUCCAGAGCCCUCUUCAAGGGGGACAUGGGAGUAAAAUUAUGGUCACAACAAGGAAUACCUGGGUUGCAUCGGUGAUGGAUUCUGAUGAAAGUUACGAUCUUGGGCUUUUGUCAAAUGAUGAUGCUCUAUCUUUAUUUGCCCAACAUGCACUUGGUGAGAAAAACUUUGAGAAACAUACAAGCCUUAGAUUACAUGGUGAGGGUAUCGUGAGAAAAUGUGGUAGAUUGCCUUUGGCUUUGAAAUCACUUGGGAGGGUUUUGAAGACAAGUAGAAAUGGUGAUGAAUGGGGAAAGCUGUUGAAUAGUGAGAUAUGGGAUAUACAGGAUGGAAGUGAGAUUCUUCCAGCUCUAAGACUAAGCUACUAUCAUCUCCCUUCACAUUUGAAGCUAUUGUUUGCAUACUGCUCAUUAUUUCCCAAGGACUAUGUGUUUGAAAAGAAUGAGUUAGUCCUGCUAUGGAUGGCAGAAGGAUUUUUGUCUGGAUCAAAAGGGAACAAGUCAAAGGAGAGUUUAGGUCAUCAGUGUUUCGAAGAGCUAAAGUCAAUGUCGUUUUUUCAGCAUUCAACAAAUGACAAAUUAGGUUAUGCAAUGCAUGACCUUGUAAAUGACUUGGCCACAAGUGUUGCAGGAGAAUUUUUCUUUAGACUAGAUGAUAACAUGGAUGUAUCCGGGAUGAAUGAAACUUUUGAGAAGUUUCGACACUUUUCACUUAUAGGUUCUGGAGGGAGAUCAUAUAGAAAGCUCAACGAAUUACAAAGAGCUAGAUGCUUGCGGACAUUCUUAUUGUUGUCAGUUGGAGAGGAAAGUUACCCAUCAGACAAAGUAAUCGAUAAAUUAUUUUCUGAACUAUCAUUCUUAAGGGUGUUAAGCUUAUCUAAUUAUGUACUCACAAAGGUACCACAAUCCAUUGGCAGUCUUAAGCAUCUGAGGUACCUCAAUUUUUCUCAUACUGCAAUCACAUGUUUGCCUGAACAAGUGAGCGAUCUUUAUAACCUACAAAGCUUAUUACUUCAUGGUUGUCAUCACUUAUCUGACUUGCCAAAAAGUUUUGUAACGUUAAUAAACUUGCGACAUCUUAACAUAAGUGAUACCCCAAAAUUGAAGAAUAUGCCCUUAGGGAUUGGUGGAUUGACAAGUUUGCAAACUCUAACCAAGGUCAUUAUUGAAGGAGGAAACGGGUUCAAAAUAUCCGAUCUUAAGGACUUAUCGGACCUUGAAGGCGAACUUUCCUUGACUAGUCUUGAAAAAGUGAUAGAUCCAGAACAAGCAAAGGAUGCCAACUUACAUCAAAAGAAUGGUCUUGAUGAUUUGCGUAUCGAGUGGAGUGAUGUAUUUGAUGAUUCUCGGAAUGAGAUGAUUGAAUAUCAAGUACUUGAAGAGUUGAGGCCUCAUUACAAGUUGAGAGAACUGGGGAUUGUCUUCUACAAGGGAUCUAUGUUCCCUAGUUGGAUCACUGAUCCCACAUUUGAUGCGUUAACAGAACUUACCUUACGUGGUUGCAGAAGUAACCAUUUACCAACACUUGGACAACUACCAUCACUUCAAAAGUUGUUUGUUAAAGGGAUGAAUGAGGUGAAGACUGUGGGUUUUGAGUUACUUGCACCUGAUGAUUCUUUCCUUGGCAUUGCAUUUCCAUCGCUUGAAGUUUUGGAAUUUGAAGAUAUGCAAGGUUGGGAGAGAUGGACAACUAGUCGUCAUGAUGAUGAUGAAACAGCUGCUAGAUCGUUUCCUUGUCUUCGUGAGGUUUCUAUAAAAGAUUGCUUAAAACUAGCUGAAAUGUCGAUUGGCUUGAUACCAUCACUUCAGGUUUUACACAUGAAAGAAGGUUCAAAAACAGUGUUGAAACUCGUAGUUGGGAGUUCACCCAAGUUGGAGGUACGUAAGUGUAAAAAUUUGGUAUCAUUAUUAGGAGACAAAGAGGUUAAUUUGGGGAUUAGCAUGGAAUGUCUUAAACAAAUAAUGUUUGAUAAUUCUAACACACCGGAGAGUUUUAGUUGUCCAAAUAGUGUUGAAAGUUUGGAAAUCCGUGAGUGUGAUUCGUUGACUUCCUUGACAUUCUCAAUGGGGCACUCCGACAAAGGUUUUGGUUUUGAUCCCCUUUGUUGCCUAACAUCUUUGACGUUCAUUACAUGCAAGAAUCUUAAGUCAUUUUCUCAUGAGCAUCUGCAAAGUCUCCCAUCUUUGACUAAUUUGCAUGUAUUUGAUUGUCCAAGUAUGGACUACUCCUUCCCUUGUGGGUUGUGGCCUCCUAAUUUAAGAAAUCUGAUGAUAGGAGGGUUGAAGAAGCCUAUGUCGGAGUGGGGACAACAGAAUUUUCCAUCGUCUCUGCUGACUAUGCAUACUAUUUGA